AUGAAUUGUGGAAACAUCACUGUUUUGAGCGCUCAUCAUGAAACUGAAGACGAAAAUGGUUCUCUACUGGCCCAAAAUGAUUCAUGUCGAUUUGACAAACGCCAUUAUCAAUUCCUCCAAGAUAUGGCAAACUGGGACCCGGCAUUUCCUGACGAGCAUGUCUCGUGGUAUAACGAAUACAUCCAGCGUCAGGGACCGCCGGCUAUCAACUGGCUUGAGACGCCACACCUGAAACAAGGCACUAUGGAGCAUUUCAUCGAGGUCAGAGGUAUGGCCCUAUUCAGCCCUAACAAUGGCGAUGAUGGCAUUGGCAGUUUGAUGGCCGUCUCACCUCUCGAUGACGGGUCUGUAUGCCUUUGGGACGUCAAUGGCACCAGGGGCAAACGAGGGGGCAUUAUCGCGACCAGUAAACCAGACAUCCUGUUCUUCGACGGCCGCGGAGAUCAGAACACGAGGCGGUCCAAAAAGAUCGACACAGGUGUCACUGAAUGCGUCAGUGUUAAUAACAGCAGCAACAGGGCUGUCUUUGCUGUGCAGAGUCAUCUCAUCGAAGUCGAUCUCAGCCGCCUUGAAGUUGUAAACCGGCACUCUUUCGAGUGGUCAAUCACAACGUUAUCACAGAUCCAGGAUGGUAUCCCAAUGACGGUUGGCACCUCAUUGGGUAUUCAUCUUCAAGACUUCAGGGCGCCAUCACAAUUCCAUGGGGAUGUCGUGGAGAGGCUAGAUAUUCCCGGGGAGGAGGAAAAUCCGUUCAAGGGAAUCUUUGAUCCGAAUCCUUUGCCGCCGUACGCCUCAUUGUCUCAGCCAACGCCAACAAGCAUCCUACACCUACCAAGGCCAGCCGGCGAUAGUGCAGUGUCGGACGACAUUUACGUGGCGGGGAGGUUCUCCAAUAUUCUUCAUUACGAUAGGCGCCACUUCCCAAAGAUCGUGGGGUCCAUUUACUCGGGCUCAAGGCUGUCCAGUCUGGCGGCACUGCCUUAUCCAUUCUCCACAUUGGACCAUGAAGUACGACGUCGUGGAGAACUCACAGCUGAGAGGGUCCAUGAAACCAAGACAGCUGGUAGCGGCAGAACUCUAAUCGCAGGCGGAGAGUACAAGACCAAGGGCUCGCUCGAGGUAUAUGGUCUGGACGCUGUCGACCUGUCAAGUGACGGGCCAAUGCAGCAGAACUCAACUAUGAAGAAUCGGUAUACUGCAGCUUCAUCCAUCAUUCUGUCGGUGAUCAACCACGGAACGAAGGUUGCAUUCUCAGAUGGGGCCGGGCAGAUUAAGUGGUUUGAAAGGGACGGAUAUACCGAGUGCCGUCGGAUCAAGGUUGGGCACAGUGACGUGCCCACUCAAGCAUCACUCUUCGCUUCCAUGCCAGGGUCCGACGAUCUUGCAAGGAAGAUCUUAUCCACCAGGACAAGGCAAGAUCGUGACCGACCAAACGAAGACAAUGUCAUCUUCUGGACAGGAGAUAAACUUGGUAUGGUUAGUUUCACGGGAGACACCUUGUUCACGCCCGACGAUUUCCAGGAGAAGAACAAGGAGGUCGCAGCAGAUGAGCGCCAGCGCCAGCAAUAUUCUCAGAGGAUGCGGGAAGCACUGGAGAAGCAGGCCGAUGAUGCUAGGUUUGUUCAAGGACUUGGAUUGUAA